CGGUGUUUAUGUUCCUGGCCUGUGUUAUCUUUCCCAGUGGUUGGAGCCAGAAGGAGGUUCAGGAUAUCUGCGGGACCUCGUCUGGGGAGUAUCGGUUGGGAUCCUGUAACAUUCGCUGGGCCUACAUCCUCGCCAUUCUGGGAAUUUUUGAUGCUGCUAUUCUAUCUGUCCUGUCAUUUUUCCUUGCUGCCAAGCGAGCUAAGCUGGAUUAUCUAACUCCUACUGGAGCUGUAACCAAAUCUGACCUGAAUGGAUACUCAGCUGAAACCAUGUCCAAGCGCUCCAUGCCCAUUCAGCCGGUGGUGACCGUUCCAGAAGAGCGAGUCGCAGCGUACUCCGAGUACUCGCAAUCCACCAAACGUCAGGGGGCCUCAAACUUUCAGCUGUAGAUAGACCAGUCUCAGAGGCCUCGACUGGAGCGAUCAGAACUACACAAAAAUAGGGUAUCCACAACAAGUCAGAACUCUCCAAAUAUGUUUUCUUAUAAGAUAAUAUUUAAUGUUAUAGACUUAUAGUUUUGGUGACAUUCUUAAUUGUACCUUGUAUUCAAAGAAAUUGUUGAAAUGUUCUUAUCUGUAUUUGGACACUGUUAAUUUUGUCGUUUUUGAACACAAUUUUCUCAUUUUUGUAAUUUUUUUGUCCCUGUUUUUGCUGUAUUUUUUGCUUCCAAUUGCCUUCAAUGGGUGCCCAGUUUGAGAUGUUCAGCGAUUUUUCCCCCCUCUGAACAAUUCACCAAAGUAGUGCUACAAGUUUGAAAGCAUGAUAUUUGAUGGUAGUAUUAUAUGAUAACUCAUUUUGUUUAGUGAUUUUAAAAUUUCAUACACAUUUUGUACUUGUCUAUUUUCAGAAGGGCAUUUUGGACAGUUUUCAUAGAUUAUAAUAAAAUAGUUAAAGACACAACAAAUUACAUUGUAUCUAAAAUAAUUCCAUAAAAUUACUUUUUUGUAAAGAAACAAAUCACUAAAUAAAAUUGUCAGCAAUUUAGUAAAAAGAUUCAGUAUUUGAGAUUUUAUAAUGAGAUUGCUACAUAUAAGCAAACCAGUAUAAUAAUAUAUAACCUAUAAUUUUUAUGACUUAAAUUGAGAACGUUUUCCUUAACAUUUAUUAUUGUACACUGAAAAUUUACCCUAUCUUCCUAAUUUGUACAUUUAUAUAUAUACAUGUAUUAUUCACUUAGAUGCUGUUCUUUUUCAUAAUUAAUCAUGUGAAUUGUAUAUUGCAUAAUACUCUUUUGUUCCUUUUAUAUAUAUACAUUCUCUUAUCAUGAGAUUUUUCAAGUAUGUUAUACAAAAUAGUGAUUAUAUUUUUGCAUUCAAAUUAAUGUCUCCAUGGAUACUGAUAAAAACAUGAAUUAUGAUACUGUUCUCUCAUGACUACUCACAGUGAACUAGAAGUUGAUACUGUAUAGAUGUGUUUAGAAAGGUGAUAUUUUUUUAGGAUAUUAUGAAUUCAGUAAAGAUAUUUGCAAUGAAGCUAUUUUGGACUAAUAAAAUGCAAAAUAUAGUAUAAA